AUGUCAACUGCAGCAACCAUAACACAGAAAAUAAGAUAUCAAAGUCCACUACUGAGUAGAAAGAACGUUAACAAGGGAGAUGAGUCUCAAGAUGGGUUGAUUCAGUCAAAAAAGAAAGAAGGGAUCUAUCCUUGUUCUAAUUCGAUCUAUCAGAUGCUUGACUACUUUAUGUUAGAGAUGAAGGGAGCCUGCUAUUCUGAUGAUUUUGAACAUCCAGUUGGGUUGGGGACAGCAUUCGUACUACAGGUCUUCCUAAUGUAA